AUGUCAAGACAACACCAAGAUUCAUAUAUUUCGGACGACAAUGAGGAUAUUGACUGUCCUCUUUGUAUGGAAGAGAUGGAUCUUUCAGAUAGAAAUUUUAAACCAUGUCCAUGUGGUUAUCAAGUAUGUCGUUUUUGUUGGAACCAUAUUCGAAAGGAUUUGAAUGGACGUUGUCCAGCAUGUCGUCGACCUUAUUCAGAAGAAACGAUUGAAUUUAAACCAUUAACAGCAGAAGAAUGGAAGAUGGAUCAAUAUCGAAAGAAUCAGAGAAAACAAAAAGAUCGUGAACGUAAAGAAAUUGACACAAUUAAUCGAAAGCAUUUAGCAAAUAUACGUGUUGUGCAGAAGAAUCUUGUUUAUGUAAUAGGCCUUUCGCCAAAAGCGGCAAAUGAAGAGCUUCUGCAAACCUUAAGAGGUCAUGAUUAUUUUGGACAAUACGGAAAAAUUCAAAAAAUUGUGAUUAAUAAGAAAAAUGCAUCGCAUCCGAAUGGAUCAGGCAGCCUUGGUAUAUAUAUUACAUAUUAUAGGAAGGAAGAUGCAGCUAAGGCAAUUGCUGCUGUUGAUGGAAGUCUUAAUGAUGGAAGAAUAUUACGUGCAUCUUAUGGAACAACGAAAUAUUGUUCUACUUAUCUUCGCAAUCAACCAUGUCCUAAUCCGAAUUGUAUGUAUUUACAUGAACCUGGAGAAGAAGCGGAUAGUUUUAUGCGUGAGGAUCUUUCAACUUUUCAAUAUACAGCAAAAUCUAAUCAGAUUCCAUCUCCUAAAGAUUUAAAUACAUCAUCAAUGCCAUCUCGUUCCUUGAAAAUCACAGAGACGAUUUCUUCUAAUGAAUUAUAUAGUUCUAAUGAACACGAAGGUUCUGCUUUACCUCCUACAGUUUCAUGGGCUACUAAAAAUCCUCCUUCCCAGGCACCGUUACUACAAAAACCAUUGACACAGUUAAACAAACCUUCUACAAAUGGAACAUCUCAGAAAAUAUUAUCUCCGCCACCGAAGCAUGUUUCUACAACUACAUCACCAAUUACUUCACUAUUAAAAACAGAUACAACCGUUUUUCUUGAUAAAAUCCUGGAGAAUCUAUGUACAGGUCAUUUCAAGUUUAUUUUUUCUUCUACAAUUUUAUCUUCGGAAGAUUUGCAAGCAGCACAAACAAUGCUCCCGCUUUUUACAUUUAAUCCUGAAAAUUUUAAAAAAUCUGAAGAAGAAACUCGUCUACAAGAAAGAAAUAGUGAAUCUAAGAAUGCUAAUUUCCGCUUAUCAUCCUGGUCUCAUAGUUCAUCUCCUACCAUGACAGAAGAAAAUGUUUAUAAAAGACAAGUAUCUCGUCAUGAUCUAUAUAAUGAAGAAGGGAGUAAUCGAUUUAUUCAAGAGACAAGGAGAAAUACUCAAAAAUAUCAUCAAGGACUUGCACCAGCAUCUCUUUCUCCAGGUAUAAAUUCUGCACCAAUCUUGUAUUCUCGUAAUACAAUACCUUUGACCAAUGAUACAAAUUUUGGCGCUGUAAAUGCAGAAAUUGUGGCAAAAACAUCAACUCCUCCAGGAAUAUAUACUCAAGGGAUGUAUCCGCAUAAUUAUAUUAAAAAAGAGUCAGAUACAAGAUUUAUCAGCCCUUCGCAUGAGUAUCUUAACAAUUUGGGCAGACAGUCAGUAUCUUUAGGAUCUUUGCAUCAUGAUCAGGGGAUUCAUACAUUUCAAACUGGAGUUACUAAUACAAAAACUAUCAACUCAAGUUCAUAA